CGCAGGUGAAGAUGUGUCUAUCAGCUUGUAUGGUGCUUGUGAGGAACUAGACAUUCAUCUUGAGUCUGACUUUGUUCUGUUGAAGAAGACUUACCUUUCCCUGGCCAACGUACACAAAGUGUCCCUCACCUACAGUAGUAAGAUCCCUCUUAAUACUGUUGGACGACAAUGCCCAGCCUGCAAGAGGAGGCCCUGAGCUUACUGAGGGAAAGCUCAGUGCUGCAACAGAAGGAGGAGGAGGUGGAGAGGGAACGGUUGCUUAUUCAGUGUGAGUCUGACCCCACAGCGAUCCAUCGCCUGCCACUGCUGUCCAGAGCACUGCAGGAACGCAGAAGCCAGGCUGUGCAGAACAACAUCCUGGCCCUCUCACGCAGCUGCAUAACUGUGAUGCCAGCGGAAGGUGAAAUAUGGCCCAAAUGCCCAGCACAGUUCACCAUUGUCUUCAAGCCCGAUGAGGCCAAAGUAUACCAACAAACCAUAUAUUGUGAUGUCACAGGCCGUGAAUCUCGGUUGCCUCUCACAAUAAAGGCUGAGGGAGUGGGACCUAAUCUCCAGCUCAACUAUGACCUGAUGGACAUAAGAAAUGUAUUCAUUGGUGACACAGACAAUUAUGAAAUGGAGUUGAACAACAGAGGACUGAUUGAUGCUCCUUUCAGGCUGUCAAGCCCCAACACCACCUUCGGCCGCUGUUUCUCCUUCAGUCCUGUGGAAGGUGUUGUUCCCACUGGGGCCUGCCAGAUUGUGAAAGUCACCUUCCACAGUUGCAUCUUGGGAACUUUCAAUGAAAACCUGCUGCUAACUGUCACAGGACAGCCUCAACCACUGACUGUGACUUUCAGGGGUUGUGUUGUUGGUCCCAAAUUACACUUUGAUGUUUCACAGCUCAAUUUUGGAGAUGUAGGCUUUGGUGAGUUGCAACAUUUUUCUUGA